ACUCAGCGUGGUGUCGCUUCCUGUCCCUCUUGCCGCACCGGUUCUCGCUGUGGUCCCGGGACGCGGUUGGGCCUGGGACCCUUAGCUGUCCCUGGCAGGACCCCGGCUCCAUGCAAUCCCGCCUCCUGCUCCUCGGAGCGCCUGGCGGCCGCGGGGCCUCGGCCUCGCGGCGUGUGCGACUGCUCCUGCGGCAGGUGGUGCGGGCCAGGCCGGGCAGCGAUGGGCAGCGGCCGGAGGUCAGACUGCUGCACGCCGGGGCGGGGGCAGACACAGGUGAUACUGUUAAUAUUGGGGAUGUAUCCUAUAAGUUGAGAACUCCUAAGAACCCAGAACUUGUGCCACAGAACUACAUUUCAGACCCUCCGACUCAAUCUGUAGUUCAGCAUCUAAGAUGGAUAAUGCAGAAGGAUCUUUUGGGGCAAGAUAUCUUUCUGAUAGGACCACCUGGACCUCUUCGACGCUCUAUUGCCAUGCAAUACUUGGAGCUAACCAAACGGGAGGUUGAAUACAUUGCCCUGUCAAGGGACACCACUGAAACUGAUCUCAAACAGCGAAGAGAGAUCCGUGCAGGCACGGCUUUUUACAUUGAUCAGUGUGCAGUUCGUGCUGCCACAGAAGGCAGAAUUCUCAUUUUGGAAGGCUUGGAAAAGGCUGAGAGGAAUGUUCUGCCUGUAUUGAACAACUUACUGGAAAACAGGGAGAUGCAGCUUGAAGAUGGACGCUUCCUGAUGUCUGCUGAGCAUUAUGACAAACUUCUGCAAGAUCAUACUAAAGCAGAGUUGGAUGCUUGGAAGAUUGUCCGAGUUAGUGAAAAUUUCCGAGUGAUUGCCUUGGGCUUGCCAGUGCCCAGAUAUUCUGGGAAUCCAUUAGAUCCCCCUCUUCGUUCUCGAUUUCAAGCCAGAGAUAUUUAUUUUCUACCCUUCAAGGAUCAACUUAAUGUAUUAUAUUCAGUUGGAGCCAAUGUUUCAGCAGAGAAAGUUUCUCAGCUUUUGUCUUUUGCAACAACUGUCUGUUCCCAAGAAUCUUUUGCUCUUGGACUUCCAGAUUUUCCUUUAGAUAGUUUACCAGCUGCAGUUCAAAUCCUGGAUUCCUUUCCUAUGAUGUCAAUUAAACACGCAAUCCAGUGGCUUUAUCCAUACACUAUUUUAUUAGGACAUGAAGGGAAGAUGGCUGUUGAAGGUGUUUUAAAACGUUUUGAACUCCAAGAUUCAGGAAGCUCUCUGCUUCCUAAAGAGAUUGUUAAAGUGGAGAGAAUGACUGAAAACCAUCUCUCCCAUGCUUGUGUGACUAUUCAAAUUGCAGGACAAGAGGUUACCAUUAAGGUACCAGCUGGGACCAGACCAUUUGGUCAGUCUUGUGCAUCAGACCAAUUCAUACGGACUUUAAGUCAUAAGCAGCUACUGGCUGAAAUGAUGCAAUCUCAUAUGGUUAAGGACAUAUGUUUAAUUGGGGGAAAGGGAUGUGGAAAAACAGUCAUUGCCAAGAACUUUGCUGAUACCUUAGGAUACAACAUAGAACCCAUUAUGCUGUAUCAGGAUAUGACAGCUCGUGAUCUGCUCCAGCAGAGAUACACACUUCCAAAUGGAGACACUGCCUGGAGGUCCUCACCCCUUGUGAAUGCUGCUCUGGAAGGCAAGCUGGUCUUGUUGGAUGGCAUUCACCGGGUCAAUGCUGGCACACUUGCUGUAUUGCAGAGGUUGAUCCAUGACCGAGAGCUUAGCCUCUAUGAUGGUUCUAGGCUGCUGAGGAAAGACAGAUAUAUGCGUUUGAAACAAGAGCUGCAAAUGUCUGAUGAGCAGCUACAGAAGAGAUCCAUUUUUCCUAUACACCCUUCCUUUAGAAUCAUUGCCUUGGCAGAGCCCCCUGUUAUUGGAAGCACAACACAGCAGUGGCUGGGACCAGAAUUCUUGACCAUGUUCUUUUUCCAUUACAUGAAACCCCUUGUCAAAAGUGAAGAAAUCCAAGUGAUUAAGGAAAUGGUCCCAAAUAUUCCUCAGGAAGCCUUGAAUAAAUUGUUAUCAUUUACACACAAACUCAGAGAGACCCGGGAUCCAACGGCACAGUCCUUGGCAGCAUCACUUUCUACUCGACAAUUGUUGCGGAUUUCUCGUCGGCUGUCACAGUAUCCUAAUGAAAAUCUUCACAAUGCUAUUACAAAAGCUUGUCUUUCCAGGUUCUUACCAAGCCUUGCUAGGUCAGCUUUAGAGAAAAAUCUGGCAGAUGCUGCAAUAGAAAUAACUACCAAUGAUAAUCUGGAACCAGACCUGGAGGAUUACAAAUGUGAAGUGGUAUCUGGAUCACUGAGGAUUGGUACUAUUAGUGCACCAAUAUAUAAUACCCAUGAGAAAAUGAAAGUGCCUGAUGUUCUUUUCUAUGACAACAUUCAGCACAUGAUAGUGAUGAAAGACAUGCUCAAAGACUUUCUCCUUGGAGAACACUUAUUAUUGGUUGGUAACCAGGGUGUAGGAAAAAACAAGAUUGUUGACAGAUUUCUUCACCUGCUCAACAGACCACGAGAAUAUAUCCAACUUCACAGGGACACCACAGUACAAACACUUACUCUUCAGCCUUCAGUUAAAGAUGGACUGAUUGUGUAUGAAGACUCACCUUUGGUUAAAGCAAUAAAGAUGGGUCAUGUUCUGGUUAUAGAUGAAGCAGACAAAGCCCCAACAAAUGUCACUUGCAUUUUGAAAACUCUAGUAGAAAAUGGAGAAAUGAUUCUAGCAGAUGGAAGACGCAUUGUAGCAAAUUCUGCCAACGUGGAUGGACGAGAAAAUGUUAUAGUGAUUCAUCCUGACUUUAGGAUGAUUGUUCUAGCCAACAGACCUGGAUUUCCUUUCUUAGGCAAUGAUUUCUUUGGCACCUUAGGUGACAUUUUUAGCUGCCAUGCAGUUGACAACCCGAAACCCCACUCAGAACUUGAGAUGCUCAAACAGUAUGGACCAAACGUGCCUGAGGCCAUCCUUCAGAAGCUUGUGGCUGCCUUUGGGGAGCUGAGGAAUUUGGCUGACCAGGGCAUUAUUAGCUAUCCUUAUUCCACCAGGGAAGUAGUAAACAUCGUCAAACACUUACAGAAAUUCCCCACUGAAGGUCUUUCCAGUGUGGUUCGGAAUGUGUUUGACUUUGAUUCCUACAACAAGGACAUGAGGGAGAUUUUGAUUAACACUUUACACAAAUAUGGAAUACCUAUUGGAGCAAAACCUACCAAUGUGCAGCUGGCAAAGGAGUUGCCUCUACCAGAGCAGACAUUCAUGGGUUACUGGACAAUUGGUCAGGCAAGAAAUGGAAUGCAAAAACUCCUGUGUCCAGCAGAAACUCAUCAGAUAGACAUAAAGGGUCCAGUGUUUAUGAACAUACAGAAGUACCCAAUAGAAAGACAUGAAAAGAGAUCCCUAAACUUUACUGAAGAAUGUGUCUCCUGGAGAUUACCACUGGAUGAAAUUAAUUUAAUUUGUGACAUUGCUACAUCAUGUGAAAAUGAGGAAAAUACUCUGUAUAUAACUACAUGCAAUCCUGUUUCCUUAUACUUUAUGAAUAUGACUGGGGAAAGUGGCUUCUUUGUGGACUUAUAUGACAUCUUCCCAAGAACUGCCAGUGGACUUUGGCACCCAUUUGUGACAGUGGCACCACUGGGAAGUCCUCUCAAGGGUCAAGUUAUUCUCCAUGAAGAACAGAGUAAUGUCAUCCUCUUAUUAGAUACCACUGGCCAGGUCCUUCGUCGUCUCAUCCUUCCUUUAGAAGAGGUAGCAUCUAAGAAAUCUUCCUGGUGGAGCAAGGAGGAAGAAGAAACUUAUAAAAUGUGUAAAGAAUUUUCACACAAAAACUGGCUAGUAUUCUACAAAGAAAAAGGGAACAGAUUGACGGUGCUGGAUGUUUUGGAAGGGCGAGCUCAUACCAUCUCACUUCCCAUCAACCUUGAGAGAGUUUUCCUUGUAGCAGAGGACAAAUGGCUUCUGGUGGAAAGUGAAACAAAUCAAAAAUAUCUUUUAACUAAGCCUGCACACACUGAAUCUGAGAACAGUGGGGUUUGCCAGUUGUAUAUGUUGAAAGAGGAGCUGCCUAGCACAGGGUUUGGAAUUACACAAGAAAUGGUGGUCAGCAUACCUCAUAAAAUUUCAAGUGAUCAACUGUCAUCUGAAAAUCUGAGUUCAGCUGUAGGACAAAAGAUUGCCUCUCCCAACCGAAUUUUCUCAGAUGAGAACAAUUAUGCUGCCAUAGCGGUUGGCUUCCCAGAUCUCAUGUCACCCAGUGAAGUUUAUUCUUGGAAGAGGCCAACAUCUUUGCAUAAACCCAGUGUCACUGAUACAGCAUUUUAUGGCGGAAAGAAGAAGAAGGGGGCUCCAAGACAGAGAAAUUGUGUGACUCUUUUAGAUACUAAUCAGGUAGUCAGAAUUUUGCCCCCAGGAGAAGUCCCUCUAAAAGAUAUCUACCCAAAAGGUGUUACACCCCCACAGACAGCUGGUUAUAUAGAAGUCACUGAUCUGCACUCAAAAAAACUUCGAUAUAUCCCUAUUCCCAGUUCAGAAUCUCUCUCACCAUAUACUACAUGGCUAUCUACUAUUUCGGACACAGAUGCACUGCUGACAGAGUGGGACAAAAGUGGCGUUGUUACUGUUGAUAUGGGAGGUCACAUCAGGCUUUGGGAAACUGGACUUGAACGUCUGCAGCGAUCACUCAUGGAAUGGAGAAACAUGAUUGGGCAAGAAGGUGACAGACAUAUGCAGGCUCUUGUCUUCUUUUUGCCCUCUGGUUUCAGGCUAAAGGAGAUCCAAAUGAGUGAAUAUGAUGCUGCAACCUAUGAAAGAUUUUCAGGUGCUGUUCGGCGACAGGUGCAGUCCCUCCGAAUCAUCUUGGAUAAUUUACAGGCUAAAGGUAAAGAAAGGCAGUGGCUAAAACACCAAGCUACUGGAGAACUAGAUGAUGCCAAGAUCAUUGAUGGGCUGACUGGAGAAAAAACCAUCUACAAACGUCGGGGUGAGCUGGAGCCACAACUGGGGAGCCCACAAGAGAAACCCAAGCGUCUGCGCCUGGUGGUAGAUGUGUCUGGCAGCAUGUAUCGCUUCAAUGGAGUGGAUGGCCGGCUUGAGCGCUCGAUGGAGGCCGUGUGUAUGGUCAUGGAAGCUUUUGAGAACUAUGAGGAGAAAUUCAAGUAUGACAUCGCUGGACACUCUGGAGAUGACUACAAUAUUGCACUAGUUUCAAUUAACAAAAUCCCCAAGAACAACAAACAAAGACUAGAAAUUCUAAAGACAAUGCAUGCCCACUCUCAGUUCUGCAUGAGUGGAGACCACACGUUAAUGGGGACAGAACAUGCUAUCAAGGAAAUUGUCAAAGAAGAGGCUGAUGAGUACUUUGUCAUAGUCUUAAGUGAUGCAAAUCUGUCACGAUAUGGAAUAAAACCUGCCACAUUUGCCCAAAUCCUUACAAGUGACCCUCAAGUAAAUGCUUUUGCCAUUUUUAUUGGAUCAUUGGGUGAUCAAGCAACCAGGCUCCAGAAAACCUUACCAGCUGGCAGGUCUUUCAUUGCCAUGGAUACCAAGGACAUCCCUCAGAUUUUACAACACAUCUUUACCUCCACAAUGUUGUCAACUGUUUAAGAAAUGCCCUCCACUGGCAUAACGACCCAGGAUUUAAAACAAGAAAAAGGAAUGUUCUAAAGAGAAGACAUCUAUAAAGCAAACCCAUGCAAUGACUAUAUAAUUCUAGCAUUGCUUGCUUCUUCCUACACUGACUCCAUAAUCAGGAUUCAGAAGAGCAGCCAGAAGCAGACUUGUACCUGUAAAUCUCCAGCCACUGAUGGGUUUAGAAAUCCUCAGUGGAAGCAAGUUGACCUUCACAUUAUGCAAGGUCAUGGUUAAAGGAAAUUGUCAUGAGAACUACAGUGUUUGGACUGUUUCAAAAACCUGAGAGGUAAAGAAUCCUUGCUUUUGCCUUAACACAUCAUCUGUCACCUAAGAAAAGAGAAACAACCCCAUCACACUGAAACUCUGAGACCAUGUUCUGACAUUGGGAUCAAGUCUGUGCAAACCCCACCCAACAUGCUGCUAUCUCAUAAUUAUUUUUAUUUUCUCCCUCCUCUGGAUUGUCUAGAAAACAACAGUUUUAUAGUAUUUAACCCACUGAAAAGACCCUCCAACAGCAAUAUUUUAUAAAAAGUUGGAUUUUCUCAAUAAUUCCAUUUUCUUGGCCAAAGCCAAAAGAAAUCAGGAGAUCCUUAGAGUGCUUGAUUUCCUGGGUGAGUUUUAAAAGGCUCUUUGAAUAACAAAGAACAAAUGUCCUGUUCUCCCUGCCACCACAUGGAAGAAUAAAGAUACCUGUGUGAAGUUC